AUGGCUGACGUCGAAGAGCCCAAGUUCAACACUCUGGCCGAGAGAAUCGCCGCCCUGAACCAGCAAAAGAAUUUCCAAGCUCCCGAAGUCAAGGCAAAGCGACCCCCGCCUCCGCCUCCGCCAACGAAUCGUCCUGCGCCGCGCAGCCAUACACUGCCUGUCGUUCAAACAAACGGUCUCCCGACGCCUCAGAUCAGUCCCACGAUCCCUCCCCGGCCGAUCAAGACAGCACCGACAAAGCCCAGCCCGCCGCCGUUGCCCCGGCGAACAACUGAUUCAUCCCAGGUGUCGGUCGAGACACCAGCUCCUAGAGACCGCAUUGCCCCCCCACCCCUCCCUAGUCGCACGUCGACCCAGCAGAUCUCGCCGGCUUUGCCCCCUCGGAGGCCCUCCGCUCAGCAAUUGACGGUGCGCCGUAGCUCGAAUGCUUCUGAGAUUUCCAACUUGUCAUCCCUCUCAUUGAAUCAUACCAUAUCAUCUGCUACCAGCGUCCAUUCAAUCGAUGGCCCCACGCGCAAACUGCCGCCUACUUUUGACCAAGCAAACUUGCCCCCGCUGCCACCAACAAAGAGAGAACGGGAAGCCCAAGCAAAAGAGUUUGCCGCCCAACAGCCACAGCAACCCAAAUACCCUCUUGUAUCGGUCCACUCUUCGCCUGCUGUUCGACAAAUCGAGGCUCCUCAGAGACCGGUGCUACCCCCGCGAUUGACAUCGAGGUCACCGAAUCACCAAGUCCAUGAGCCAUCGCUGCGUGAAGAAACACCAGAGAAGCCGAGACGGUUGCCCCCGCCCCCAUCUUCGUACAUCAAGUCACAGCCGCAGGCAAACGGCCACACUUCUCAGGAACAGCAAGCAAACGGUCGGCCACCGUUGCCCGUAAGACGGUCAGGCGCUGGUGACGACGCCCCACCACCCAUCCCGCUCAGUUCUCGUCCCAGUGUCGCACAGAUUGAGGCUGUCUCGGCCAAGGCGAAUUCCCGCGCAGUUGACUGUCUGAUCUGUCGUGACUUUUCUGGUCCCGAUGGCAUCGCCGCUCAGUACCCUAGACAGUCACUUCCCAAAAAUGAUCCUGUAGGGUAUUUGGCACAGGUUCUCUGCGGCCCAUUUGUGUCCCACACAGACAAAGCAAGAGCUAUCUUCACCUGGUUCCAUCACAACAUCGCCUAUGACUGUGCUGCUUUUUUUGGCAAUUGCAUUAGGGGUCGCUCUGGAGCCGAGACCAUAAUGUUGGGCAAGGCCGUCUGCUCGGGUUAUGCAGACACGUACAAAGAGAUCGCCCUUCGUGCUGGCCUCGAAUGUAUCACGGUCACUGGUCAUGGAAAGGGCUACGGGUACACUGCUUUGAAAAAGGGUGAGCGCCCCCCGCCCAAGAAGGCUGACGGACACGCCUGGAACGCCGUCCGGAUUGACGGUGGGGAAUGGAAGCUCCUCGAUGCCUGCUGGGGCGCCGGCAAUGUGUCAGAUGUGACCAAGGAGUACACGGCCGACUUCAAGCCACAUGAGUUUACCCGGAGAAAUGACAUUUUCGGACUCUCUCACUACCCAUCCGAUGACAGGCACUUCUUCCGCCCCGAUGGCCGAGUACCGACCUGGGAGGAAUACUACAUCGGCCCAGUCCACGGUGACAAGCCCACAAUCUACACCAUUGCGCAUGAAGAAGGUGUCUGGGAUCACACAGUCAGCCCCAAGGAGCUCCAGAUUCCAGUUUACAGCGGCCAAGUUGUGCGAUUUCAGUGGUCCAACAAAUGUGAGCACUGGACAUCAGAGAAGCAUGGCAAGGGAAAGCCUCCGCUAUUGCUUCUUAGUAUUAAGGGGUGCGAUGGUCGUAAGGAGGAUAUGGUCCCCAUUGAGACGGACGGCUUUUGGCAUUGGGUCGACGUGAACGCAAUCGAUCUGGGCGCGCCAGGUCAGAGCGUCAGCGUAGCCAUGAUCACGACGAUCGAUGGGCAGGACGCAAGAGGUAUGACAAGUAAGGAUUACUUUGCGAAGAAGGGCAAGUGCGGCAUGAGCUGGACGUACCUCAUGAGGUGGGAACUCAUCUGA